AUGACGACCGGCAUCAGUACAAAGACAAGAUUGAUUCCCCGGCCACGCAACGCCUACGUGCCCCUAAUAGCCCUCUUUGUCGCUUUUGGCAGCUUGAGCUAUGGAUAUGCAUCCUCAGUGUUCGGGGCACUUCUUGGGGUACCCUCAUGGUACGACUAUAUGGGUCUCGACAUCCAAGGCAGCUACACAAACGCUAUCAUCGGCACGGUCAAUGGGGUUUACUCGGCAGGAGGUGCACUCGGCUGCGGAUUCAAUAUAUGGUCCUCGGAAUAUUAUGGUCGUAAAAGAGGUCUGCAGAUUGGCAGUCUGAUUGCGACCACCGGAGCCAUCAUAUCCACGGCAUCGGUCAAUGUCCCCAUGUUCGUCGUGAGCCGUUUCAUCAUGGGCUUCGGUAUCGGAGAGCUGGUGACAUUGGUUCCACUAUAUCAAGCCGAGAUUGCACCUGCAGAUUCACGUGGGUUCAUGGUUGGAAUGCACGGAGUGCUUAUAGGCACCGCGUAUUGUUUGUCCUGCUUCGUCACGUACGGGUGUUCGUUUGCGAAAUAUGGACAGUUCCAAUGGCGAUUUCCUCUGGGUGUCCAGAUUGCGCCGACUGCCAUCUUGUUCCUCGGCUCCUUUGCCCUUCCAUACUCUCCACGGUGGCUUAUGAGUCAAGGUCAGGACGACAAAGCUUGGGACACGCUGCGCCGCCUCCACGCCUCCAAAUCCGACACUCAUGACACUUACGCCCACGCCGAGUUCAGGCAGAUCCGGGAGCAGAUCAACUUCGAGCGCCGGCACAAUGUAGUAGGCCCUUGGGGCCAAGCCAGGUUGACUUUCCGCACCAAGAGUCUUAUGCGACGCCUGGGAUUGGGCUUUCUAGUGCAAUUCGGGAACAUGUGCACUGGGUCGCUGGUUAUCAGCAACUACAGUGCUCGCAUAUUUGCCAGCCUGGGUCUCAAAGACCAUAUGCCGCUGCUAAUGCUCAGUCUGAUGAACCUGCUCUGCAUCUUUGGAAAUUUGUCCUGUUCAAUUCUCGUCGACAGGGUUGGCCGCAGAAGAUACAUGUUGAUCGGAAUCGUGGGUCUCAUUGUUUGUCUGGCGGGAGAGGCUGCCAUGACAGCCCGUUUCGUCGAGACCGGAUCUACUAACAAGGUCGGCCUGGGAUUUGGCGUCUUCUUCAUCUUCCUUUUUGUCCUUUUUUACUCGGGAUUCUGUGACGCCACCAUGUAUAUCAUUCCCUCUGAGAUCUUUCCCAUGGUGGUCCGAAGCUUCGGCAUUUCGUUUAGCGUCAUGGGUCAGUUCCUCGCCACCGUCAUCCUCCUCGAGGUCGCCCCCACAGCGUUUUCGAAUAUCGGCUACAAGUUCUACAUCGUCUUGAUCGCACUCAGUGUCGUGUACUGGCUUCUCGUAUACUUCUACCUCCCCGAGACAAAAGGGAAGACACUGGAAGACAUGGGUAUCCUUUUCGGGGACGAGGUCAACUUGAGCUUUGAGGAAGCGGUGUUGGAAGAGGAGGCGGCCGAGGCAGCAGACGCGGAGAAGGAAAAGGGAAUGGCGAGGGCUGAGACUCACGAGAAUCUGGCCGUCACAAAAGAUGGGAAGAAUUGA